AUGUCCAAUCCGUCCUUGGGGCUUGAGAUCCUGAAGACGGGGGAGUUCUCUGACUUCACCAUCGAGUGCCAGGGCACGCAAUUUCGCGUCCAUCGCAAUGUCAUCUGUCGUGGAUCUCCUGUUCUCUACAAAAUGUGCGCCGGCUCCUUUAAGGAAGCAAGUGAGCAGAAGGCCACGUACAAUGAGGUUAUCCCUUCAGUAAUGGGUCGGGUCAUCCUUUUCCUUUACACGAAGACAUAUGAUGCAUCAAAUGUGCCCGAAAUCUUCCGGAGUCUCUGUUCAGAUCCUCCAGAGUUGGAGUUCCGCCAGAUUGAGAACGAGGGCCCGACUGAAGAAGAAGGAGAACUAGAAGCGUCCGAAAGGAUGGCUGAAGAUGAGCCUACCAUCGUGGCCGAUCCCCAGGAGGGCAGUGACACAGCACCAAAGGCGAUCAGCUCCAAUGCUCCACAAGAUUCUGAAAGUGAUGACCAAGUUUCGGAGGAGGAUAAACAAGACAAAAUUGAGAAGAUAGCAAAAUGUCUCAAGGUCAAUGCGAUGGUCUACAAGUAUGCCGACUAUCUCGGCAUCAAAGAGCUCGCGGAGCUCGCCUCCGAUCGUUUCCUAGAGGAUGCCAAGGAGGUCCACUUACUGGACAACUUCGCUGACCCAUUGGUGACUUUGUACGAGCAAGUUCCACCCUCGGACCAAGGAUUGCGACUGCGCAUCACCACUUUCAUGACUGAGAACUAUGAGGAGGUCUGCAAGAAACCCAUGACCGACCGAGUCAUGGAUUACUACACGGAUGGAUACUGGAAAGUCUGCGUAAAGCUCAUGGACAGGCAGAAAGAGCUUCACAAGACCGCGCUCGACAACGAACUGGUUCGCCUGAUCGACACUCUGGAUCUCAAUCAGAUGCGGUGCAAGCACAAGUCCAAGGUGGUGUUCCGCCUUCCUACAUCAGAAGAGAGUAUAGCUGAACAAAAGCGCUGGGUUUUCGAUUUCACCUGUCGUCUUUGCCAAAUGCGCUACCCAUCAUGA